AUGUUUCCUCACCACAGAGAAAGGGAGCAGCCGAUCUUCAGCGCCCGGGCCCAUGUUUUCCAAAUCGACCCCAGCACCAAGAGGAACUGGAUCCCUGCAAGCAAACAUGCCGUCAGCGUGUCCUUCUUCUACGACGCCAACCGGAACGUCUACCGCAUCAUCAGCGUGGGCGGGACCAAGGCAAUUAUCAACUGCACCAUUACACCCAGCAUGACGUUCACCAAGACAUCCCAGAAGUUUGGGCAGUGGGCUGACAGCAGAGCCAACACUGUGUAUGGUCUGGGUUUCGCUACGGAGCAACAGCUGCACCAGUUCUCCGAUAAGUUUAAGGAGGUGAAAGAUGCAGCUCGUCUGGCUCGUGAAAAGUCUCAGGAUAAAGAACUGGCCCACACAGCACUGAGCAUCGCUGCUCCUCAGUUCUCACAGGACCUCGCGGACGAACUCCAGUCUCCACCUGUGAUGUGUGUGAACGGACCCGAGGACAAGAUGUUCCGCAGCCAGAGCGCUGACAUCACCCUGUCCUCUGAGAAGGAGCGUAUCAGAAAGAUGCUCUCUGAAGGGUCCAUUUGUGAGAUGAACUUGGAGGCUGAGCUCUUCACUCUGCAGGACAGCAACUCGAAGCUGGUGGCUGCUUUGCACGAGGCUAAUGCUAACGUGGAGCAGUGGAAGAAGCAGCUGGCGGCGUAUCAGGAGGACACGGAGCGGCUGAGAGAACAGGUGUCUGAACUGGAGACCCAUGGUAGCCACGGCCCCAGUGACCUGCUGAAGGACGAGCUGACCCAGUCUCUAGAGGAGCUGGAGGCGCUGCUGAAAGCCAAAGAUGAGGAGAUCCACAUCUUACAGAGCAAGAAGUCUGACUACCAUGAAAUGGAGCAUGAUAGAAAUGAGGCCAUGCAUAGACUACGGGAGAUGGAGAUGCGUAAUUCAGAUUUGGAGCGGCGCAUCCAGAAUACAGAGCAGAACCUGGGGAACUCUCUGGAGGAUCGGGAUCGCAUGGACACUGAGAUCCAGAGAGCCAUCGAGAUUCUGGACAUCAAGAUCUUUGACCUUAAUGACCUCCGCCAGAGCCUGGUUAAACUCAUUGACAAAUAA